AUGGCCUUUGGUUCACGAAUCCGCAGCCUUUGUGCGGUCGCUGUGCUUUGCACGACUGCGGCCUGGGUGCCAACUACUACUGCGUGGGUGCCUCCGAUCAUCACGAAAGGCAACAAGUUGUUCGACUCCAAGACGGGUCUGGAAUUCCGGAUCAAAGGCAUGGCGUAUUACCCUCGACCGAACGAUGGCGAAAUGGCCAAAGUGGGCAACUACGACUGGGCAGCGGAUGUUCACGAGGACGUGUGGAAGCCGCACUUGGAAGUGCUCAAGGAUCUCGGCGUCAACACCAUUCGACUGUACUCGAUUGACCCGGGUGCCUCACAUGACAAGUUCAUGUGUGCGUGCUCGGAAGCCGGAAUCUACGUGCUUGUGGGCAUCACUGCACCGUGUGAAAACUGCUCCGUGUUGGACUACCUGCCGCCCAAGUGCUACCCGAAGGAUUUGUUCACCCGUGCGCAGAUGGUGUACAAUGCGUUUGCGGUGUACGACAACACGCUCGGUUUCAGUGUCGGCAACGAGAACAACUUGCAGACGGAGAAUGGAGCCGACGGCACUGCCACUGCACCGUGUGUCAAGGCUUUUUUACGAGACACUCGUAGUUACGCUGCGAGCUGCUCGGGGUCUGUCCGUCAGGUGCCUAUUGGUCUUGACAUUGCUGACAUUCCUCCUCGCGAGCAGUGGAUGGCCUACUACGAUUGUCCGGUCGACGAUGAUGAGAACACGCGUGCUGAAUGGAUGGGCUUCAACCCGUACGUCGAGUGCGAUCCGACGACCCACGUCAAGUACUUGCAGUCUACCGGGCUGAAGAAGCUCAUGUCGGAGUAUGCGAAGGUUGGCUAUGCACGUCCGCUCAUGUUCGGCGAGUUUGGUUGCAACAAGGGCGUGAACACUAUUGACGGCUACGAGAACCAGCGCACGUUUUACGAUGCCAAGUGGAUGAACGAGGAGAAGGAGAUGACCGACGAGAUCGUGGGUGGCAACGUGUUUGAGUUCACCACGGAGGUUGCCAACCUUGUGGAAAGCAAGACUCUGGUCAAGACCGGCGAUGCAGGCAAGUAUGGUGUGGGCUACUUCCAGCCGGACGACUGCGACAACAACAAGACCGUGUGCGAGUUCAAUCCGUACCCGGAGUAUGAGUAUUUGAAGGAAGCGUACACGACGACGAAGAACUCGACCGUCAAGCACGACAGCUACACGCCAACGCGCGACACGAUUUUGUCAUGCCCCAAGAACAUUUCGAGCGAGCUGCCGCCAACGCCCAAGGUCCCCAUUCUCGAGUGCACGAUCUCGCAGCCGGUAUGCAAUGGCGUGAAGGCGAACAGCUACAAGCACCUCUCCCCAAGCACUGCAGUUGGUGAAAAGCGGAAACCGUCGAACUCUGAGGACAGCGGUAUUGCAUCGACGACUACCGAUGGCACGCAAGGCGGUGCUAGCGGUGCCAGCGCCACUUUUUCGGUGGCUACGCUCGUCGUGUCGGUUGUCACUGUCGCUGCUACGGCUCUUUCCAUCUUCUAA